GUAAUCGAUGAUAAUAUUUUAACAAAAUGUCAAAUUGCACAACAUGCAUGUCUGGAGCGUGAGAGAUCAGAAUGUCUUCCAAGUACGUCUACUCUUGUGCUUGCACAAAUUCCUAUGCCUGCACAAAUUUCUAAGUUUCUAGCAGAACAAGCUAUUCAAACAAAUGUCUCUGGGUCAUCAUCUCUGCCAACAAUGCUUCGAGAAAAUCCUCCACAUAAUCUUGAUGAAGGCAAUUUUGUUGAAGGCACUUCGAUGCAAUCGACACCACCGUCUAUUGGUGUCAUGAACAACAUUACUAUUUUUGGCCGU